UAGCACAGCAAACGGGCAUCAUAACGGCAGCCAUGCAUGCGGAGGGAAGACGACGUUUAUCCAGGACUCGCUCUUGAUUAUUAAAUGGAGGUUUUAAGGAUUUAAGGCAUUUUUAGGAACAGGAAUACUGACUAUUUAUUGAGCCUGACACGCUCCAUACCUCUAAAGUGUCCCUGACAGCACCAUGGUAAGACUCUGGGGGUCAGAGCGUUUGGAAACGCACACAGCCAGAGACCUAUCUGUGGACUCCGUGGAAUGCUGGAUUCCAUGAAUUCACUCUGGCUGGGAAUAAACAGUUUAUCUGAAUCAGUCAAGGAACUUCAAGUUCCAGCGUCAGCCGUCAGGAGUGUGGGGAGAUGAGCCAUCUGGGGGUCGUUUCUCCUCAGUCUUGGAGGAUGAUUGGUUGUAGUCAUACGACCUGAAAUGUUCUUGUGUGAUGUGUGUAGUUAACAGUUAAAUAAGCUGUUCUGGGACUUGACUAAGGAACGGAAAGAGGUCUCGUCCCUGAUUCUGUGGUUGAUGUUGAACUGCGACGUGGAGUUCUGUACUUUCACCGUGUCAUCAGAGAUUUACUGUAGGAACUUGCUUAAUGGAUGCUGUUCUUCUCAUGCUGUCCAAAACGCAAGAAGAAAGAGACGUAUUCGAUUAGGGGUUGUUCUUGGAACCAGAUUUUUUUUUUUUAAUUCCUGUGGUAUAAAACAUAUUUUCCAUAAUGUGUAAAUUGUAAGUAAACUGAAACUUUAGAUUCGUGUUAAAAUGUUUCUCGGCUCGUUUGAGCAGUUGAGUUCCCAUAGUGAUUGUGUUUGUUUUUGCUUAGAGCAGCUCAAAUCCCCUUGAGUAAUCCUCUUUAAAACUAUGUACAUCCUCACAUCCUGUGUUUGAAUUUAGCUUUUCUCAGACCAACUGCUUUCUCUUUCUACAAACUGAUCUGCAGCCAGUGUGACUUACUCAGGCUCCUCAGGCUCUAGUCUUAACUAUGGCACAUUACUGGCCUCAGUUCAGACGCUGCCCAGGGACACAGCUGCAAGGGAAAAAACAAGGGUACUACUUUUUUAGUUGUGUCACAGCCAGGAAAUGAGUGUCCUGCAAGCGCCCUAUAUUCCACAUUCCUGACCCCCCACCCUCUUAAAUAUUCUGAGAGCCCCUCUGCUUGUCUAUGAACCCCACCCCCAUUGUUCUAGCUGGUGAGAGUGCCUUCCUGUUAUAGAGUGGCUGGACAUUCAGGAGCUCGCAGAUCGCCUGUGCAUUUUGGAGCACCUUGAAGAACUUGUGGUGAGCAGAGAGCCGGGUCAGAAUCAGCGCCAUGAGCAGCCAGUAGAGAACAGGACUCCAGCUUCAGCAGCCACACAGAUGUUUCGGAAAAAAGCUUCAUCCUCCUUGAGAAUGCGGAGAAUAUCAGAAAGGGGCGUAGACCGUGGCCGAAGCUCCUCCUUCCAUGAGGUGGGUGGCUUGCGAGAGCUGGAAAUGAGGGGGGCAGCCUCCGUUUCCGAAGAAACCUCUAGCACUGGUGCAAGCGGUGGAGGCCACACCGUCCUGCAGCGACUCCUGCAGGAGCAGAUGCGCUAUGGCGAAGGCAGAAAUUACCUUGCCUUGCAGCAGCAGCAGCAGCUGCAGCAGCAACAACAGUCACAGCCGCAGCAGCAACAACAACAGCAGCUCCUUGGCCCAGGAGACGAACACUCCAUGGUCCCUCACAUUGCCCGACAGGAGCCACAGGGCCAAGAGCUGCAGGCAGACAGCGGCAUGGAGAAGCAGCUGAACCCCAGAGGUGCAGGUGGUGGAGGAGGUAGUGGAGGAGCCGGAUCACAAGGCCAGAACCCUGAGGACUUGCCUUCGUACGAGGAAGCUAAGGUACAGUCACAGUAUUUCCGUGGCCACCAGCCACAGCCACAGCUUGGUCCAACGGUGGGCGCCGCCUUCUACGUCACCGGCGUCACCAACGCAAAGGUACGUCCUCCGGAGGGCCGUCCCGCGGUACAGAGGCUUGGUGCAGCCAAAGUGCACCAGGAUGAUGGCCUAAAGGACCUCAAACAGGGUCAUGUACGUUCACUCAGUGAGAGGCUUAUGCAGCUUUCUCUGGCCACCAGCGGCGUCAAAGCCCAUGCACCCGUGACCAGUGCGCCACUCUCACCCCAGCUCCCUCAACCGCCAGGACCACCAGGGGACUACUACAAACCGGUGGGACCUCACCGCGGCCCACCCCCAGACUAUCCCUAUAAAGGUCUACCCUCACCACCCAAACAGCAACAGCACCACCAUCCACAGCACCAAGAUCCAGGACACUACUAUUCAGAUCACCGGGGCUCAGCUCAGCAAUCCAGAGCUGAUAUCCCUCACGUACGCUACCAGCCACCACCCGAGUAUGGCUCUUUCCGCUCCAAUAAAGAGAGCUCAGGACACUCCCAGAGGCCCGUCCAUCAGCACAGCCCCACAUCCUCGGUCACCUCCAUGGGUUCGCUGUCCCGUGCUCAGUCCUCCAACCUCAGUAGCAUCUUUGCUUCUUCCCAUUCUUCUCCACCCAUGGCCCAUCAGGUAGAACCACCCUUCACAGUGGGGCCACGGAGCCCACAGGGGCCGGGUUCCCAUCAGGGUGAGCCAUACGGUCCAGGCCCGGCUCACCCCACGCCUCAUCAACGACCCCAUGGCUUCCCUCACGACCCCUAUGGCUCAGCACCCAGGGGCCUCCAUCUGCACCAGCACCAGUUCCAUCCACAGGGGCAGCAGCAACCUGGCCCAGGUCAGCACUACCCACACCCCCACUCACUCCAGAGUGACCCCUAUGCCAUGUUGGCACGUGCCCAACAAAUGGUGGACAUGCUCACUGAGGAGAACCGGCAACUCAAGCAGGAAAUGGAGGUGUGUGGAGAGAAGGUGUCCAAGCUGCAGAAGCUAGAGACUGAGAUCCAGCUGGUGUCCGAAGCCUACGAGAACCUGGCAAAGUCCUCAUCCAAGCGAGAAGCCCUGGAGAAAACCAUGAGGAACAAGCUGGAGCUGGAAGUGCGCAGGCUGCAUGACUUCAACAGGGAUCUAAGAGAACGUAUGGAAACAGCCAACAAGCAGCUAGCAGCCAAAGAAUGUGAGGGCACGGAGGACAACCGCAAAACCAUCUCUCAGCUUCUGGCUCAGAACAAAGAGACUCAGCGGGAAAAGGAGAAACUUGAGAUAGAGCUUAACGCACUGCGCUCCACCAACGAGGACCAGCGCAGGCACAUCGAGAUCCGUGACCAGGCCCUGAACAACGCUCAGGCUAAAGUCGUCAAACUGGAGGAGGAGCUUAAGAAGAAGCAGGUCUACGUGGAGAAGGUGGAGCGGAUGCAGCAGGCUCUGGCUCAGCUGCAGGCUGCCUGUGAGAAGAGAGAACAGUUGGAGCACAGAUUACGCACACGGCUGGAGAGAGAGCUGGAGUCACUCAGGAUGCAACAGAGAUCAGGAGGCUCGCAGAACCCCACAGGUCCUGAGUACAGCACGACGGCCCUGAUGGAGCACCUACGGGAGAAGGAGGAGAGGAUUUUAGCUUUGGAGGCUGACAUGACCAAAUGGGAGCAGAAGUACUUGGAGGAGAGUGUGAUGAGACAGUUCGCCCUGGACGCAGCUGCAUCUGUUGCCACGCAAAGAGACACUUCAUCAGCUAUGAUCAGCCACUCGCCCAGCAGCAGCUACGACACCUCGGUGGAGGCGCGCAUUCAGAAGGAAGAGGAGGAGAUUCUCAUGGCCAACCGACGCUGCCUGGAUAUGGAGAGCCGCAUCAAGAACCUCCAUGCCCAGAUCAUCGAGAAAGACGCCAUGAUUAAGGUGCUGCACCAACGUUCGCGUAAGGAGCCAGGCAGCAAAGCCGAUGGCCCGUCCGCCAUGCGCCCCUCCAAGUCCCUCAUGUCCAUAGCCACGGGCUCGAGUGGAUUGGGCAGCUCAGGUCUGCUCUCUCACUCGCUGGGGCUCAGCGGCAACAGCCCGAUUACAGAGGAACGCAAGGAGGACCGUAGCUGGAAGGGCAGUCUGGGUGUGUUACUGGGACCGGAGUUCAGAGGUGACUCCUUGAGGACCGAGUCCAUCUCGUCUUCUCCGUCUCCGGUGCUUCCCUCCACCCCGAUGCCAGCCACUGCCCACUCGAAGACGGGCAGCCGGGACAGUUGUACACAGACGGACAAGAGUCAGGAUUCGAGCAAACCCAGCACCCCGGCACUGCAGAGCGUAGCAGUCAACAACCGCAUCAGCAGCCCAAGUCCUGUCUAUAUCCCCGACCGUAUCGCAGAUGUUCCAGUGUUCCACAGCAGUACUCUGGAGAGGAGGGCGCCAGUGCAGUCUCAUCCACAACAGCCUCAAUCCCAACCACAAAAACAGGAGGACAUGGAUAACGAGAUGGUGGAAAUACUCAUCUGAACCGAGUUUUAAACACACACACACACACACGGAACCCCACUCAUGACAUCGAUAGAUAGAUUUAAAAAAAUUUGCCUUUUUAUUCUUGUGGCCACAUUUUGCUAAUUCUUUCUGAAUAGAACAGCCUGCUUUUUAUAAAUGCAUGACUUUCAUUUAACGUGCUUUCCAAUGAAGGUACCGCGCCUUUAAAUUUGAUACCUGGUGGGUGCGUAAGUUCCAAUAGAAUAACUAGAACCAAACAAAGGGAACUCGCACACCUAUAUGCUGAUGUAAUAAUGCACUUUUAUUGCAUAUUAAAACAAACAAAAAGUGCUACCCAAGUGAAA